UAUGAAUCACAUAAAAGCUUUUGGUUUAGCAAAAUGGGCAACCGGUGAGAAAUUAGAGUUGAUAGAAAUGGAGGGAGAAGUUGGUCUUGUUUAAGAUUUAUCUGAUACUCUUAUGAUUAUUAAGACGAAAACAAUUAGUUAAUUUCAGAAGAUGUAAGAUUAUUUUAUUAUUGAAAGAGAUUCGUUGCCAUCUAAAAAGGGAAGAUGGUAUUAUAUGCCUUUUAAUAAAGAAAUCAUCCAACUUAUUUUAGCAACACCAGAUUGUAAUCAAAAUAAUAUUGAAAUGCUUAUUAGUGCCAUUUAAUCAAAAAUUGUAUUGAUUUUAAUAUACUCUAUUUAGUUGAAUGGAAAUAUUAUUCUUAAUGACAUUCAGAAGGAUAAUAUCUUAAAGUUAUUGAAUUAUUUCGAGAAACAAUAUAAUAAAGAUCCAAAAUAAAUCAAAUAAAUCAUGUAGACAUUAGAUAAUACUAAAUUAUCAGUAUAACAAAAUAUUGAAAAACUAAUCAAUAAUAAAGAUUAAUUAAGUCAAAUUGAAAGUAUAUCUAAUGUUAUUUUAGUUAAAUCUUUGGAAUUGGAGGAUACAUCAAAAGUCUUUUACGAUACAGCUAGUGCUGUUCAUAGAAAGAAUAGAUUGAAUAGAUUAAAAAGAAGAUUAUUUAUAGGAGGGAUAACAUUUAUAAGUUUAAGUUUUUUAUUUUAUUGGAUUUUUUAUUGA